AUGCGGCGGCCCCCCGAAGUCUUCGCCGAAAGCUCCGAAGAAGACCAACUCGCGGCUCUCUUUCCAGACACCUGGCGCGACUUCGCGGCUUCUCUUCGCCGCCGCCCGGGGCCCCCAAACGCCUCCCAAGAGGCCCCACAAAACCCCUUCGGGGGGGCCCCGGGGGGCCCCCCGGGGGGCCCCUGCUUUUCGGGAAGGGCUGGAGAAGGCGAGGAGUGUACGUACACUGCAGUGGGGGAGGUGCGGGAGCUGGGAGAAGCAGCAGCAGCAGCAGAUCAGUUUGUGCUGCUGAGUUCUGCUGCUGACGGAGAAGCAGCAGCAGCAGCUGCUGCUGCUGCUGCUGCUGCUGCUUUCCCGCUGCUGUUUCCUCCGCAAGAAGAAUUCAGCAAAGCCAAAGAAAGUGAAAAGGAUUUUUUAAAUGAAAAAAGCCGCAACACCUGCAGCAAAUUCAACAUACCUCUUCUUCCUUUACAGAACAUCAACAGCAGCAGCAGCAGCAGCAGCAGCAGCAGCAGCAGCAGCAGCAGCACGAAUGGACCACUGGUCAUUCCUUUCCCAGCUGGAGAAAGCAGAAGCGAAUUUGAAGCUGCUGAAAGUGCAGAAGAAGAAAAACAAGACACGGCUACUGCAGCAGCAGCAACAACAGCAGCAGCAGCAGCAGCAGCAACAGCAGCAGCAGCCGCAACAGCGGCAACAGCAGCAGCAGCAGCAGCAGCAGCAGCAGCAGCAACUGGAAAUGAACCUGAAAGUGCAUUCAGCUUUUGCUUAAUGAGCGAAAACAAAAAAAAAAAUAAAAGAAGAACUUUGGAGGCCCCUCGCAGCCACGACGUUUAUGCCAAGCUAACUGUUGCAAUUCAAAGACAAGCAGCAGUGGAGUCUGGCGGGCGGCGUUUGCUGUCUGCUGCUGCUGCUGGUUUUUUGUGUUUUGGAAUUUCUUGUUUUGGAAAAACUGAAAAAGAAAAAAAUGAAGAAAUAAAAAAAGAAAUCCAAAGAAUCUGCAGCAAGCGGCGAGCAGCAGGCUCUGCUGCUGCUGCUGCUGCUGCUGCUGCUGCUGCUGCUGGCAGCAGCAGCAGCAGCAGCAGCAAAAAGCGCUACGAGUGCGACUUGCUGCUCUGCUUUCUUUGCCUCUUCAAGGAAAUCAAAAGACAAAAAAAACAAAAAGAGAUUUUCAAAAACAAACUUUCCAAACUGCAGCAGCUCAUUCGCGUGCUGCAGCAGCUCAGAAGCGAGAUCCGCUUCAGCAGCAGCAGCAGCAGCAGCAGCAGCAGCGGCAGCAGCAGCAGCAGCAGCAGCAGCAGCAGCAAGCAGCUCUGCAGUUCCGAGGUGGGUGCCAGUUUGAAUUGCAAUUCAAAUUCGAAUUUUUAUUCGGGCAAAGAAGAGCUCGUCAGUGCAGCAAAAGUUUGCUUAAGAAUCAGCAGCAGCAGCAGCAGCAGCAGCAGCAGCAGCAGCAGCAGCAGCAGCAGCAGCAGCAAAAAGGAAAGCGGAAGUCUUCAGCAGCAGCUUUCGGGCUUUUUGGGGGCUGACGAGUUGCAGCAGUGA